AUGACAAAUCGUCUUGCUGCUGGGUGCUUGCUUACCAGCACCGGUACCCAGAGCCCGCAGCUUAGCCAGCUAGCACAUUUCGACUCCUACAGCUUAUGCUUGUGGUACUCGCCGGUCGCGCAAACGCAAGCACGAGGGGAUCAGAGGGGACAGAGGGAUCGCGUCAUGCGGAGCCCAAUUCUACACAGCCAACCUCUGGGUUGUACACGCUGA